AUGACUGUCUAUUUCCAUACUCUGGAUAUUGCAAUAAACAGGCCAUUCAAGGACCAUUUGCAUGGGGAAAUCAAUGACUACAUUGAACACAGAAUGGAGAGAAAUCAGCAUGGAAACUUUGUGAAGCCUAGCCUUCCAGAGAUCAUGACUUGGGUGAAGAAUUCAUGGGAUAAAAUCACUGACAGUUGUGUUGCCAAUGCACUACAAGCAAGAUACAUGGACAAGAAGUGCUCAUCUAAGGAGACCGCUAUUGUUGGACAUGAGAGAUUGGGGCCAAUGGUUCUACAGGAACUGGAAUCACAAGAAAAUUUCUCUACUUUCCACCAAAAAGGAGGAAAUCAAUCAAUUACUACAGAAUUUAUCCUUCUGGGGUUUGGCAAUAUCCUUGAACUGCGAAUAAUCCUCUUCAUAUUAUUUCUUCCGGUUUAUACUUUGUCCAUUGCUGGAAAUCUCCUAAUUGUUUCACUGGUUGUGAUUGAUCAGCAUCUUCAUACCCCUAUGUAUUUCUUUCUUGUUAAUUUGUCUUGUUUGGAGACAUGUUACAUUUCAACCAUUCUGCCCAGGAUGCUAGCUAGUUUUAUAACUGGAGAUCAGUCUAUUUCUGUCUAUGGAUGCAUCAUACAAUACUAUUUCUUUGGAUUUUUUGCAGCCACUGAAUGCUACCUUUUAGCAAUGAUGUCUUAUGAUCGAUAUUUAGCAAUAUGCAAACCACUGCAUUACAACAUUCUCAUGAAUGGUAGACUCUGCCUCCAUUUGGCCCUCACAUCUUGGAUGAGUGGCCUUUUGACCAACACUAUCAUAACCUACUUUCUGCUGAAACUUACCUUCUGUGGGCUCAAUGAAGUUGAUCAUUUCUUUUGCGAUAUAUAUCCAGUAGCAAACAUUUCAUGCAGCAAUACACGCUUAGUAAAGCUUGCUACAUUUAUUUUAGGCAUUAUGGGAACAGGGCCACCCUUUCUCAUAACAGUGGCCUCAUAUAUCUGUAUUCUUCAUAAUGUAUUGCAAAUUAAUUCUAAAACUGCCCAACAGAAAGCCUUUUCCACAUGUUCAUCUCAUCUGAUUGUAGUGACACUUUUCUAUGGGUCAAUAUUCCUUGUCUAUAUAGUUCCAGAGACUGAAACACUAAAAGAGUUACACAAAAUCUUUUCUAUAUUCUAUACUGUCCUGACUCCUAUGCUCAACCCUCUUAUCUACAGCUUAAGAAACAGAGAGGUGAAGGAAGCUCUCUUCAAAGUAAUUAGAAAACAUAGCAACAAAAUUUCAUAA